GGAAAUAUUGUCAUGCAAAUGUCACCUCAAACGGUGAUGUAUUCUCCAACCCCACAUCAAGGGAACCUAUGAAGACUUCUUUGAGACCAGCACAGGGCUAGGCCAGAGUGUUUCAAAAGGUAAAUCCUUGAAGCAGAAGCCAGAGUUUAACAGGAGUGCUGAGUGCCAGGACUCAGUAGUGUGGCAUAAACCCAUUUUUCCCUGGUAAGCUUAGUUAGGAUAGUUUCUCUACUGAAGCACCAUGUUUUCCCAAAUUCAUUGGCCUUAGUGGUGCCAUGUGUACAGGGGCUGGGAAUGCACAUGUACCCUUACCUGGGGAUUUGGCUGGUCAAGAACACCACUAUGGAAGGAGUCGAAAGAGGAGUCUGUUCGCUUUUCCAUGUCAUCACGAGGGUUUUGGAGUCAGUAAGAUUCAAAGUCUCUACUUUUCCCCAGCAGACAUUUGGAGUACAUGUGAGCUCUGCUAGGCAUGGAUCUGCUUGGUCUUCCUGCUGCAGAACAGGAUUCAACGCAUGACCAAUCUGAUGGAGAGGAUUUGUCAGAUCAGAUGGAUGAUAGCAUGGACCAUACUAUGAAUACAUUUGAGUUUUGAUGGCCUCAGCUGAAUUAGGAGUAUCGUGGCUUUUCUUCUCAUGAGAACAACUCAGUGAUCUUGAAAUCACAGUGGAAGCAAGCAUUAUAGGGGGACUUGCAUCUCUUCUGGAUGAUGGACAACCUUUGGGCUUUUCUGUCCUAAGUGCCAGUCCAAAGAUGAGCUUGAAUUAGGGAUUUAGUUCAAACUCCAGCCAUUCAAAUUGUAGUGACCACAGAUUCGUCCAACGUGACAUGAGGCGCAUACAGAGAAGGUGCCUCCCCACUCCUGUCAAGGACCUGUAUAGGACCAACAACAGAACAUUUUCUGUACAACAGAUGAGUGGUUCUAAAUAUAAGUACCUUCAGACACCUGAUAUGCCAAAAGGUCGCCCUACUUCACACAUACAAUAGGGUCACUGUGCUUGUACAUCAGGAAGCAGGAAGGGACCAAAUUUUGCAUCUUGUGUUGCAAGGCUUGGCAAAUAUGGGAAUGAGCUUUCCCAGAAGACACUUCUGAUUGCCAUAUAUUUAGCAGGGAAGAAGAACUAACAGAAAGAGCUGAUCCAUGACAGAUCUUCACAAGUGGUCUGUGGAGCACGUAGUAGCAUACCUACUUUACAAAGGAACAUUGGAGGUUUUUUUGCCCCCCUCCAUGUGUGUACCUUAUGGGCAGUGGAUGGAAGAAAAAAAAAGAACAAAUGGAACGGGAUGGUUGCUCUGAACAAGAGUCACAACCAUGUGCUUUCAUUGGAAUAGGAAAUAGUGACCAAGAAAUGCAACAGCUGAAUUUAGAAGGAAAGAACUAUUGCACAGCCAAAACGUUAUACAUCUCUGACUCAGACAAGAGAAAGCACUUCAUGUUAUCAGUAAAAAUGUUCUAUGGCAAUAGUGACGACAUCGGUGUGUUCCUCAGUAAACGGAUCAAAGUCAUCUCCAAACCUUCUAAAAAGAAACAGUCACUGAAAAAUGCAGACUUAUGUAUUGCGUCAGGAACAAAAGUGGCACUAUUUAAUAGACUUCGAUCCCAAACAGUUAGCACCAGAUACUUGCACGUAGAAGGAGGUAAUUUCCAUGCCAGUUCACAACAGUGGGGAGCAUUUUACAUUCAUCUCUUGGAUGAUGAUGAAUCAGAGGGAGAGGAAUUCACAGUGCGAGAUGGCUACAUUCAUUAUGGACAGACUGUCAAACUUGUGUGUUCAGUUACUGGCAUGGCACUCCCAAGACUGAUCAUUCGAAAAGUGGAUAAACAGACAGCGUUACUGGAUGCAGAUGAUCCAGUAUCGCAGCUCCAUAAAUGUGCAUUCUACCUUAAAGAUACUGAAAGAAUGUACUUGUGCCUUUCCCAGGAGAGAAUAAUCCAGUUUCAAGCCACUCCAUGCCCAAAAGAACCAAAUAAAGAGAUGAUUAAUGAUGGAGCUUCUUGGACAAUCAUUAGUACAGAUAAGGCAGAAUAUACAUUUUAUGAGGGGAUGGGACCAGUCCAUGCUCCGGUAACACCUGUGCCUGUUGUAGAAAGUCUUCAAUUAAAUGGUGGUGGAGAUGUAGCAAUGCUGGAACUUACAGGUCAGAAUUUCACUCCAAAUUUACGUGUCUGGUUUGGGGACGUGGAAGCUGAAACCAUGUACAGAUGUGCAGAAAGUAUGCUGUGUGUUGUUCCAGACAUUUCUGCAUUCCGAGAGGGCUGGAGGUGGGUCCGUCAGCCAGUCCAGGUUCCAGUAACUUUGGUCCGUAAUGAUGGCAUAAUCUACUCCACUAGCCUUACCUUUACAUAUACACCGGAGCCAGGCCCCCGACCACAUUGCAGUGCUGCUGGAGCAAUUCUCAGAGCCAACUCAAGCCUGAUGGCUUCCAGUGAAACAAAUACAAACAGCGAGGGAAGUUACACAAAUGUCAGCACAAAUCCAACCAAUGUCACAUCAUCUACAGCAACAGUAGUUUCCUAACUACAGUGUUUGCUUGGACUUUAACAGACUUUCAAGUGCUACAGACAAGACAACUGAACAAUUUUGUGGUUUCAUGGGAAAACACCUUUCCAUGCUAAGUAAUAUUAUUUGAACCUUGUUACCUGCAAGUGCUGACCUUAAAAAUAGAAGCCACAAUAAAAAAAAAAACAUCCGAAAUGUAUAAACUUUAUUAAAAUCUAUUUUUCAGCUGUUUUUUUUUAAUGGGCAAGAAAUUGAAAUGUGGCUGGGAUACAAGUUAAGCAAACUAGAAAACAUGAACAUGACAUAAUUUUUACGGACCAAGGAACUUGUAUAAGCUUUAGUAUAAAAGGUACAUUUUCACCAUACCUUUUUUGUAUCACAACAUAUAGUACACUUUUGUUACCAAAUAGUUUCUAUUUUUUUUCCUCUGAGCUUUUGCUCUGAAGUAUAUUCAGGUUCCAAGCCUGACCAUGCUUGUAUAAUCUAAUUACCAUACUCUUCCAGUUUUAAAAAAUAUAUAUAUUUUUGGUCUGUGGCUGGAACUGUUCCUUUUUUUAAACUGAAGUCUUAUGACUUUUUAUGAACUGAAAUUGUUUUUAUUUCAGCAAGUAGAACCUUGUAAAGGCCAGCAUAUUUUUUUUUAAGAUUAUAUGAAGUCUGUGCAAAAGCUUUAAAAUAAAAUGCCUCUGCCUUGCCUGCAAUACAUGCAAUGUAUGUUAACGUUAGUGCUCUGUUUUCAGUCAUUGUUAAUAGUUAUUUCUAUGUUUUCCUUUUUUAAAAAUAUGUAUUUAUAGUGAUAAUUCAUGAGGGUCUAACAUUACAUGAGUUCAAAAUAUGUGACCUCUCAAACAGUCGUGUUUAUGAUUGGUCAUGUCACAGGAAUAUGUUGGUGUUUUGAAGGGUGGUUUUUGCGCCCUUCCCUCCUAAAAGUCAGAAAUGUAUCAUAAAGUGUUUCAGGAUCCAUUCAGGUUUUUUUAAUCUUGUACAUAAUUUAUAUGAAGUGUAACUUAAACAUUUUAUUUCAAAAGUCGAAUGUUCCCAAUAACUUCAUUUGGCAGCAUGUCUUCUGUCUUGUUGGCAUGUAACUAAAAUAUCAUGAGAAGUAUUUGCUACAAAUGAGAUUGGUAGAUGAUGUCCUUCAUCAUUACACAAUGAGAGAAAUCACGAAAAGCAUGGUUUUUCUUCCUACUGUUCAGUAAAUUAGGCCAAAUGUUGGUGUAAUUCUUGUCUUGAGAUGUCCUUUCCUUGUGAAGUGAUCAUACCAUAAUAAUUAGAAAUAAAUUUUAGUACUUAGAAAUGGGCAAUUAUAAGAUUACAAAAGCACUGUAAUGAAGUCAACUCCCAGAUCUCUGUGUCCAGGGUUUUUUCUCUUUCCCUGCGAACAAUUAGUGCAAUGUUCAAACCUUCUCUCCACCAGAAAUUUAAGGCUCAGUUUGACUCAAUUGAUUUGUGUUACUCUCAUUCUGAACUUGCCUUUUUUUUAAUCCCUCUCUAUUUAAUUGAUCACUUCAACUAUAUUUGAAAAUAUAUCCUAGUGGCUCAUUUGCAAUCCCAGAACCAGGGAUAGGGUUAUAGGAUGUAGUGUAACCUUCUCCUUCAAGGACAAGAAUAUAACCUCUAUGAAUUGCUCAACCUUUACCAUCCCAUGAAACAGGAACCACAACUACUGUAUACAUGUGAACCUGUGGUUUACUAUAGAGCAUAGCCUGCAGGCUUACCCAUUGACUAUUUGAAUAGAUUUCCAUUGACCACUUUAAAAGUUUCCAAUUUCAGCACCAGCACCAUUUUAAAGCAUUGCUUCUCUGCAAUAUGUUUGUCUUCUCUGAUGCUCUGUUCUGCGUGUUUCCCUCAGCUGCCCAAUGAACAUGUUGGUUUUGCAUUCAUUGAAGACUGAAGACAAUGUGGUUAAGGGAAGAAAUCCGUUGUAAAACAUAUUCAGUUAGUUGUUAAAUCAGUGCCACUGUCCUUUUAAAAUGUGCUUGUAUUCUACCACAGGCCUUCUUAUUUGCCAUUUUAUACUAUGUAACCUUCCGUUGAACAUUGUUACAAAUACUGCCUCAUCUCUAUUUCCGUGGCCAAGGGCAGACUUCAUUGUGGCCUUAUCUCUGUUUUAAGCAGUUUACUGGCAUUUAUUUGCAAAUCUGUUUACUUGUCUGUGUGCUAUUUAAUUUUCUCUUGGUUGUGUUGACAGAAAUCAUUUCACAAUGUUUUUGCUAGAAGUAUGUUUUAUACAGUACUGUUUAACUUAUGGGCCUCAGGUUUUCUUCACUUAUUAGCUUGAGGAUUAAAGGAAGUGGGUUAAUAAUGGAAUUACUAUAAUAUUAAAGAACAAACCGUUACAUACACAGGAGAUAAAACCAUAACAAGCUUUUUAACUUUCAAGGAAUAUUUUUAAAUAGCUUUUCAAACCAUAAGAGGCACCUGCUUUUAUAUACAUUAUUUUAAAAUGUUUUUACAUGUAAAUGCAAUAGACUUUUGUAUUCAGUUUCUUUCCUUGCAAUAAGUUUGCCCAAUGGAGUAUACACAAUAUUCCUGGACUUUUAAAGAAUCUAACAAACAUGAUGCAUUUUGCCUAAUUUCUGCCACUCUACAUACCACAGACUAGUGGGUGAAAAAGUACAUUAAAUUCCAUUUCAGCAGUAUCUGCUCAUGUACAAUUUUUAAAGCUCUUUUUGUUGGCUUUUUCCUGGACUUGUGGCUCCAUUGUCUUUAGUAGAUAAUUAGUAACACAGGAAUUGUCUUCCAGAUCCACACUGUCACUCAGAAAGAUGCUCAGUUGUAAUUUAAAUUCAAAUAACUUAUUUUCUUGAACUCUUUCCUGUGAGUGGCUUUGUUGCUUUUAAUGGCAUCAAGAGCUGUUGAUCAUCUUUCAUGAUACUGAUAAUAUCCCAAAAAUGCUAAAAAUUUCUGUUAAACUACUUAUAGAAUGUUUCAAUAUGAAACUAUAGAACUGUUCUACUGUAGCUGUUAAGUCUUGUCUUAUCUUAUUGUUUCUAAAAGUAUACUUAGAAAUUGAGUCUGUUCAGAAUGUUUUUAUAGUUCCAACUAAUAGGAUGAGAAAGCAAGUUAAAUGCUCAAAGCUACCUAUGUUCUGUUUUUGUUUAGAACUGCACUUCAGAAUUCAACACUAGUAUAAUAUAACCUGCUGCUGACAUUUUCCUAAUUUUAUCUGAAUGCUCCCCGCAUCUGUCUUUUUGUUAAUUCUGAUAUACACUAUUUCACUUCUGUCUUCAUUGCACAGACUUAUAAGGUAUCAUACUGGUUACCUGAAAAGACAUGAACCGAAAGAAAUAAAACCAUGAAAACUCCUAAUACAAAUCUGACACAAAUGAAACAAGUGAGUUACCCACUUUAAACCAAAUAACUAUAGAGGUGUCAAUUUUGAAACAAAAUGCUCUGUAAUUAUUAACCAUGUUAUUUACUUUUUACUUUCAAAAGCAGCUGUGUUUAUGAGUACCGAAAAAAUGUGUGUACUUUCCUGUGCCAGACAGUUGACUUUGUUUUCAAGCACUGUACUGUGGGGUUGAGUGGCAGCUUUGUUAGAAACAGUAAUAUAUUAGGAUUUCUACCUAACCCUUCUAGGACUGAACUGUUUUCUCCCUUCGUAAAGUUACAAAAUGGAUGAGUCCAACUUUGUUGUAAACAUUUGCCUACAGUCAGUACUGCUUUUGUGCAGCUGUAGGUGCUAUGCUUAGUUUUAGUUUGUUUCUUGAAUCUUGCAGCAAGUAUAUGCAUUCAGUCCUUUAAGGGUUAUAUUUUACAAACUGUGCACCUGUAAAAUUUCUUAGCAAUAAGGUAGAAAAUUGAGAAAGUUUUUACCAUAAUUUUGUAGAAAAUUUGAAUUGCUCAGUUCCAUAUUUCAUCAAAAAAAUCUGCAAUAUGGGCAGUUUCAAGGAAUAAAUAAAAAUGAAAUGUAAACUA